AUGUCUACUCUUAACCUAGGUGAAGGUCAGGAGAUUAUUGUUAAUCCUAUCGCUCCUACCGCCAAUAGUCAAAAGCCAUCGUACGUUCCGAGCAAAUACCGAUCCGGUUAUAAAAACCAAGUCCAACCUGAUCAACUCAUCAUUCCACAAGACUCUACCCUUCCAAACUAUCCUGUUCCUCCUACCGUUCUUCCUUCACAAGCUUCUCCUUCCUCUCCUUCCUCCUCUUCUUAUUCUUCCCAUCAUUAUCAUCAUCAUCAACAUCAACAUCACCAUAGCCGACAAUUUUCGCAAUCAUCUUCUAUAAACGACACAUCAAAUAUGGUUUGGGGCCAGGCUCACCUUUCACCUUCGCCAUCGGAAUCUUUCUUUCCGCCUCAGAUGACACACACACAUUGUGGGAAAAGCCUAAGUGAAAAGGUCUUUUCUAUGGUAUCAAGCGGGGCCUCGUCGCCCUUCCUUACGACUCUCGCCGAAGAUAUCAACCCCACAACGAUCACAUACGGAAGGAGUAAUUCCAUGCCUCUCUUCACCAGCAAUUCGCAAUUCUGUAACAUUCCUGUUGCACCAGGAUAUAGCCCAGAGCAGCUUGAAUACGAAUCUCUGCUGCAUCAAAGUAUGGGGGAUGUCUCUCCUAACUAUCUCAUGCAUAUGGGACAGUGGACACCACCGCUAUCACAAAUGCAUGUUGGCGACGAAAUUUACGGACAAUCUAUGAUGGACGGUUCAGUCAUGGGUCCAGGAGCACCGCCUACCUCUGGUUCUGUCUAUGAAUCCGGGACAAGGGAAAUCAGUGUCAUGACCCAGCCAUAUAAUCCCGAUGAGCAAAGCUAUUCGGACGACAAUAUGCCUUCUUACGCAGAAAUGAUAUAUAUGGCCCUCAAGAGCGCCCCAGGUCAUCAGAUGCAUUUACAAGAUAUCUAUCAAUGGUUCCGAGAUACGUAUCCCAAAUUCAGGCGUGAUACGGGUAAAGGAUGGAUGAACUCCAUUAGACACAAUCUUUCCAUGAACGGGGCUUUCGUUAAGGUCGAGAGACAAAAUGGCGAGUCCGGAAAGGGAUUCAUGUGGCUCCUCGCCCCAGCUGCUGUCGAUGGUGGUAUAAAAUCCACUACAAGAUACCGAAAGCAGGGCAAAGCGGGCGAAAGAGUCGCUUUGACCCCAGAUGCAUCAUAUGGCUGUUACGUUACUCCAAAGCGGAAUAGGGCCGGCAAGAGAAUUCAAACAAAGGCAAGCCGACCUCGAACUAUAAGAAAGAAAGCUCAACGCAAACAGCAUAUUAACGGAAAACCACAACAGCAGCUCGAAUCGACUUCAUUCCCCGAAUUUGAUAACACUAGCGGCAUGGUCCAUACGCCUGUUGGCAGUGAAGGACCACCAUUGACCCCUGAUCUUUCAUCUCGCAGUUCUGAAAGUUUCUCCGAAACUCUCAGCGUUGGUUCUCGCCAUGCGACACCGGCUUUACGAGGCACCGAAUGGCAUGCGCAAUCGCCAGCUUCAGCUCAUGGACACGCUUCCCCAUUCUACAUCAGCGACGAUGGGUUCUGCGCUCCGUUCGAACCAACUUCAUACUACCACCAAUACGAUGGCGAAUGCACUUAUUAA